AUGUAGCCCACGGGCAUUAGGGGAUCAUGGGCCCCUGUGUCCUUGCCCACACUCAAAGCACACCUAAAAAAGCCUAUAAAAGGUACCAGGGGCAUCUCAUGGGGCCCCCUACUGACCCCGGGCCCUCGGGCAGUGCCCGAGUGCUCGAAUGGUCAGUCCGCCCCUGCUUGUGACUAAUCAUGUAUCUAAUGUACAGUUAAUGGGGAUAUCUUGUAUAUCCCGAAAUAAGGCUGAAAACAAAUAUGUGCAAAUUGCUUUUAUUUC